CACGACAUCAUCGAACGCAAGAGAACGUCCGGGAAAGCCCUUCACCAGAAGACAUUACUCUUUUACAGCAACGAAACGACAAAACACUCCGUGACUACAUUCGUUUGUAAGAAAAAACAACGAUUGAUAGGAACUGACUUUACUGUUUGGAGAGAUGUUGCCGUCGGAUCUCCAUCGGCAUCCACCGCUCCUCUGGUCACGUCGGCGAUUAGCCCCACUCUACCUAGUCCUGGGGUACCUGAUCGGCGAGUUAUCCAAGCCCGUGACGGGAUUUGCCGCUCCUCUGCCUCGAUCGUCGUCCAUACGGCCUUUCUUACACGCUCAAAGCAGUAGAACUACUACUACCUCCCAGGCUGCCUUUGCACCCUCGUCCUCAUCGCCACAGAGCACUCCUAGUCAGCAGCAUACGCAAAAGAGCCGCAGCAGUAGAAAGCCCUUGUUCUAUCGCAAUCGAGCUAUCCAUGAAGAUCAGUAUUCUUCCGACUCUACGGUGUCCCGCCCGGAAGCUGCCAACACUCUUUCCCGGACAACAUCUAGAUAUAGCGGUAUGAACCUACCCAUGAUUCGAAAUCUGUGCUUGUCCCAAGCAGCCUUGCUAGCCUUCUCUACCGCCAUUGCUUUGGUCUGUGGAGUGGACUUGAUCGUUGACAGUGGAAUCUCUCUGCCCCUUUGGACCGCUACGGAUGGCACCGUUGCCUUGCUUCCCGAGAAUCCCUGGCUUUGGGGGGUUGUCGCCGCCGUUCCCAUGAUUCUUUUGGGUCAUAAAGUCGAAUCUUCCGAUGCACGCGCCGCCAGUUACGUCAAUUUUUCUACACACAACAUGGUGGUCACACUCUUUGGACGCCGUCGGCGACUGGAUGUAUCGAACAGCCUAUUGGAGUGUCAGGGCACGUCAAUUACUCACCCCACAACGAGUACCGCGGAUGUGCUUUGUCAGAGUCUGGUUCUGACGCUACUCACCAGUAUCACCGAAGAAGUCGUCUUUCGACUUUGGAUUCCGUUGGCUUUGGUGUCCUUAACUCAUUCCGUUCCACUGGCCUUGAUUGGUCAAGCGUUCUUGUUUGGUCUAUGCCAUACACACCACCAAUCCAAAGCUGGAGAAAAUGUUCUCAUCGGCAGCUUGCAAGCUCUCAACGGCCUUUGGUACGGUGCCCUGUACGUGCUGGCCGGUGGAAGUCUACUUCCCGGUAUGGUCGCCCAUAUUCUGUACGAUUGGCACGUGUUGGUGGAAACUUGGCACGUGGUCAAUGAGCAGUUGGACUGGGCCGAAAAAUCUCACCCACUAAGUCCUCAGGAAGCGUCCGAAAUUCGUGCUUUGCAACAACAAGCCGGUUCCGCGCUGACGAACGAAACUCUUCUGUUUGGUCGGCGUUUCUUUUACGCCUUUGAUCGAUCUCAGCAAGAAACGUUGUCGCUGGCCGACACUCAACGGGCCAUUACCUACGCGUUCACAGGCGGUGCGAACCCGCUACCGACACCGUCGACGUCGGAGGUGGAAAGCAUCGUCCGGCAAAUCUGGCUGCAUCGGGAAAUUCUCCGCUCGGAGGAGCGCGUGACACUACCAGAAUUUCUACGUGUCCUCUUUACCUUGCGAGCGCACGCAUUGGAACAAGUGAGGAAAGGGCAAGGACAUGAGGGGACGGAGUUGGUUUAGUGUCUAUGUAGCAUUCAAUUGCCAUCUUCAUUUCCUUGCGAGUGUCCCGCCAUGCUGCACGGAACACAUUUUUUACACAUAGAUGCUAAUCCUUUUCCGAGAACCUAAAUUCCUGCAACACUCAUCACUACAUUUGCGCUCAAGAAACAUUGUUCGGUAUAUCCCAGCGGAAGCUUACAUGUAGACAACUUCAUCGGGUGUUACCGCAAGUGCCUAUGCUCCUCAACCUGCACUUGUGUUGCAUCCUGCAACACAUUGACUGCAUUGGGUGCCUCACAAUCUUUGCUGAAGGCAGGGUAGUCCUUGUCUUCAAUCCAUGCCCGCAUAAAAGUAAACGUCGCAGCGGCCUUG